AUGGAAGUAACAAAUUCAAGGCACAGACGUUCUAAGAGUGAAUUCUUCAGGAGAAGAAAUGAUGAUGAUAAUAAUCUGAACAAAAUCUUAGCUUCUCAGGUUCUGGACUUGGAUAUGGGACAUCUGAAGUAUUGUGUUGAAGCCAAGAAGAGGCAAUUGCCCAGCACUGAUGUUCAAAAAUCUUUGAAGGAAGAGGUUCUACAACUUCAAGGACAACUCGAGGACCAAUUUCUAGUACGCGGUGCACUAGAAGAGGCACUGAGUAAAAGCCCUCUCUUGCAUGAUCCUACAAAUGAAAACACAAUUAGCAAGCCUGCCAAGGAUCUAAUCAAGGAAAUUGCUGCUUUGGAGUUGGAAGUUGUGCAUCUGGAAAAAUAUCUUCUUUCAUUAUAUCGGAAAAACUUCGCUAAGAGAGUAUUGUCCAGGUCAACAAUGGCUGAAAGAUCAAAACCAACUUCAACCACACAUGAAUCGAUGUUUUCAGAAGUUUCUGGACAUGAUAUCACACCAAAGAAAGAAAAUUCAGUGAUUGACUCUAGCUGUUCUCUGCCACCUCAAGAUUUAUGUGAGAAUCCAGCCAAGGAAUGCAGUGACGUUUUACGAGUACAGACACUAGUUGAUUCUAGUAUUCUCCGCAGCCAUUCAUCACUAUCUCAACGCUCAGCUUCUUUUUUCAGAACUUGUCCUACAUUGGGAACUGUUGCAGAAGCUGUACACCCGUACCAUUCCUUGCCUUUAUCAAUGCUGGAGUGUGCUCGGGGAUCUGCUUCAAACAUUAGUCUGGGAGAGCAUCUUGGUAACAGUACUCCUGAUUAUGUUCGGAAAACACCAAACUGCCUUUCUGAGGAAAUGGUUAAGUGUAUCACAGCCAUUUAUUGUCAACUAGCUGAACCCCCUUUGUUCAAUCAUGGUUUCACUUCCUCUCCUAUUUCAUUCUCAUCGGCGAUGAGUGAAUCAUCGCCAGGAGGUCAGCAUGAUAUGAGGUGGCCACCAUGUAGAGAAAAUUCAUCUUUCAAUUCAUGGUUCAACAAUCCUUUCCACCCUGACUCUUCAAUUAGUGGAUCUUACUUCACGAUGGCAGAGGCAUUUUUGGUUUAUGGAGUUCCAAAUCGUAAUCUGAAGAGGAUAUCUUUACUUCUCAAGGCUGCAUAUGACAUUGGGGGUCACACCAUAAGUGUGGAGAUGAUACAGAGUUCUAUUUUGGGAUGUCGGUUACAUCGUCCAGGACAGUGGUUCCAAUCGUUAUUUUUCCCCAAAGCCAGAUUCAAGGCUGGAGAUUUGCGGAAAGCAUAUGCAAUAGAGCAUCCAGAACCUCUCCUACGGUUUGCACUUUGUUCAGGAAGUCAUUCUGAUCCUGCGGUCCGUUUGUACACGCCCAAGAGAGUAUUCCAGGAGCUAGAAAUGGCAAAAGAAGAGUAUAUCCAGACCACCAUCAGGGUCCAUAAGGAACCAAAAAUCCUACUACCGAAGAUUGUGGAAUCUUAUGCGAAGGAGCUGCAUUUAUGCCCUGCAGGUUUUGCUGAGAUGAUUCAGGAUUCUAUUCCCGAUGUUUUGAGCAAAAGUCUCAAGCAGUGUCAGCAAGGAAAUUUGUGGAAGAAAAUCGAAUGGAUCCCUCACAACUCCACAUUUCGCUAUUUGAUAUCAAAAGAAUUGGCUGAAUGAUCACAUAUGAUUCUAACCUGCCAAGAUCAUCCGGGAGGUGAAUGUUUUUUCCAAGGGCUACCAAUACAAUUUUGCGUUCCUCAAUCUACCAUUCAAUGCAGGCAGCGUGACAGAUUAGAAUGACAGAUUAAUCAUAACCACCACGAUUAAUGGAUUCAAUGGAGGUAGUCCCAAUGUGAUUCUCGAAUAUGAGCGUUUGCAAUUACAAGAGUGAUGAUCAAAAUGGCUCAACACAUCAUCGAGCUUUGAGCUCCAACGAGUUUGAGCUGUUUUGAUCACUAGCUUUCUUGGAGUGGCCUAGUUUUGGUUGUCAAUGUUCCAAAGUCUGCUGCAGAGUGGAUGAGUGAAAAUGCAUUCUGUAGAUUAUGAACUUUGUUCUGCCACAUUCUGUAAUGGGAU